ACAUACUGGCCAGAGGUUUUGCAACAAUCAUAUCUAUUUAUAUUGGGUGUAAAUUAACCACAUUUAGUUACUACAACUUCCAGAAUUUCGGUGCAAAAGAAGUAAAUUUACCUACCAAAAAUCCAAAAAAAGUAAAUUAAAAAAGCACAAAUGGGGACUGGCACAUCAUGGAGAAUUUGUGAUUUGGUUUUCCAUCCAUUGGCAAUUGCAACACAUUUUGCUAUAAAAUCCAGGAGGGAAGAGAUCUUGGGGGUAUAGCAAUUUGUGACAAUUGCCUCUCAAAACAUGUUUGGAUCAAAGCAAAUCCACCUUGGCUUCAUUGCAUUCACACUGUUUCUUCUGUGCUGGGAUGCAUCACCCACUAGGGCUUCCAAAUUUUCCAAUGAGGAAGAUCCCAUAGAGUUUGCAUACACUGAAGGGGACGAGAGAGGACCAGAACAUUGGGGAGACCUUAAGGAAGAAUGGAGCACAUGUAAGGAUGGAAAACUACAAUCACCUAUAGAUUUGAGGGAUGCCAUUGCAGACAAAGUUAACUCAACUUCGGAUCAUCUUAAAAUCCAUUACAAGCCUACCCAAGCCUUGAUGAAGAACGAAGGCCAUGCUAUUUCGGUUGUGUGGGAGGGUUAUGCCGGAGGAGUCACGAUCAACGGCACAGAAUACUUGCUCCGGCAAUGCCAUUGGCACGCCCCCUCCGAGCACACCAUGAAUGGCAAAACCUAUGAUGUGGAACUGCACAUGGUUCACAAAGACACCAGCAACACUCGUGUAGCUGUGGUUGGAUUCCUCUACAAAAUUGGCAAACCCAAUCCUUUCAUCACACAGGUGCGAAAGGCGAUACGGUCUAUGAUUCAAAAGCCAACGGAGGUCCACCUGGGAGUGGUCGAUCCGAGGAAGAUGAAAAAGGCUCAGAAGGGGAAGCAGGAUGCGGCAAGGAGGAUGAUGAAGAGGAUGAGCUCAAAAUUUUACAGAUACAUGGGAUCGUUCACAACCCCUCCUUGCACCGAAGGAGUUACUUGGACCAUAAACAAACAGGUACAUACAGUUUCACGAUCACAGGUGGCGUUGCUUCAAAAAGCCGUUUACAAGUAUGCAGAGAUGAAUUCAAGACCAGUACAACCUCUAAAUGACCGGGAGGUCAAGCUCCACGGCUCGUCAUUCAGCAAGUGAGACAUGCAUAACUAACAUCUUGGCAAAUUCUAUAUGUACUUCAGAAACUGUGAGUUCAAGACUAUCUCAGAAGGUCUACGUUUGCUUUCGGUUUCUCUCUUCAAUAAAUCUAUAUGUACUUCAGAAGCUGCAUACCUAUUUGUAACUGUAUUACAUAUUUAAUUCAUGAUAGUUUACUAGCAUUUUCCAUUGAUGAAGCCUCAUACAAUGCAUUCCCAUUUCAAAUGCAAAAUGCUUUCCCCUGCCCAUCAGCACACGGAAAUUGGCUCAAAUAUGAGCAAAUUUCCCCCGACUAAACCUACGGCGAAACUUACUGGCCUAAGAACAGAAAGACUGGCCAAACCAUUUUUCCCUGUCACAACUAAA